AUGACCAAGGGCAUCACGACCAUCAAAUUCCGAUCAUCUGUCAAUCGGAUCAGGGGCCCAUCUGGUCGUUCUAUUAUCAAUGGAUAUCAUAUCCUCAGGGAGCUGGGAUCUGGCACAGAGUCCUCUGUACGCUUAGGACAGUCUCUACAGUCUGGGACGCAAGUGUCUGUCUACUUUCAACCCUUAACAGACUCCAGGAAAGGCUUUACUGGUUAUAAUGGAAGGUUUAAUUACUUUCAAUUACUUGAUAAAAUUAACGUGCACGCUAUACCAGGCACUCGCAGAGUCCUAGAAAUAUGGUACAAUAAAAACUCGUGUAUCCAGUUACACAAACUACUUGUAUGUGCUGGUGUGACCUUCAUCGACAGCCUCUAUGAUACCACAGCCCCUCUAGGAGACACUGACUCAACAAUCGCGCGAACCUUAUUUUUGGUUGUUGAAUACUGCAGCAACAGCGGCAUUCAGCCCAUCGUCGGGCAGCUCCACUACUCUGACUACAUAAGCUUUUCUCGCAGGCUUUCCUACACCAUCUAUAGCUUGCACAAAAUAGGAAUUAUUCAUAAAGACAUUAAGGUUGAUAAUAUUCUGUUCAAUGAGAAACAUUUGCGUCACAACGAGUUAUUUUAUGCCGAGGAGCACCCCCUCAGUGUAGAUCCUUAUCUGAUCGACUUUGGUAUAAGCAUCGAUUUAAGCUUACUAAAUACAAAGAUAAUAACAUUCGACACGAUGCUACAAGGGAUUGGCAGAUUGCUCACGAAGGAUCUAGGUCAAGUUACCACCUUAGAAUGGUUUGACAUAGAGGGCCCUGUGUAUGCAAUUUUAACAAAAAACGAACGCGUUGAAAGGCUUAUUGAGAUUGUCAUGUAUUACAUUAAGCAUUUUUUCACAAUAGAAAGCCUCAGAAUUCUUGCAGACCCACUAAUAUCGAGCAAUGAGAAGUUUAUCACCAACAAGAAUGGAACAAUUGCAUAUUUACCACCUGAACUAAGUUGUGAAGACCUACACACUUCAAUCUGUGAUCGUCCAGGCUCUACUAUAAAGACACAUGAGCAAGCUACAUGUGCUCUUGCGGAGGUCUCUGUCCUCCCACGGUGUUCUACCCAUCCACGCUGCAACAGCUUUAAGUUUAACAGAGACACUAGGUCUUGCAAUCUAUGUACUAGACACGAAACGUCAAGCCACGAAGAAGAUGCUCUUGAGAGUGAUCAUAUGGUUUCCCAGGCGACUCUCAUCAAAAGUACUAUUACUUUGUCGACGACUGCUAAGGAGUCGUCCAAGGAAUUCUCUAGUACAUUCAGAAAGAUCUCUGCUUCUAACUCAUUCUAUGCUAUCUUGCCCUCACCAGUUGAUGUGUGGUGUUUUGGGGUGACCAUCCUUUACAUUAUGAUUGGCGCCGCACGCACAGAACCGUUGUAUCGGCGAAGCAAUGAUGUGCUCGCCAUUUCACAGCAUCUUACCCCAUUUACAACGGAUCUACUCUGUGGAUGCCUGGCACUGGACCCCGUUGAACGGUAUACGGCAGAGGAUAUAUCUAGACAUCCCCUCUAUGUGGGCUACCGUGUGAGCUAUGAGGAAGACAAUCUGACUACCUAUGUCUCCAGCAUAGCUGAGUACCGCAGACUGUUCGGUCUCCCACCAUGCUCUGAAGAAGGAUUUGCAGAUGAGGCGAAGGCCCCCAUUGAAGAUGACCUGGAACAGACAACAGGAAAUGCUCUAGAAAACUACCAUCAAUAUAUUGUAAGGACACGUAGGAAAACAAUCAUAUCGAAUAACAAAAAACAUAUUCGCAGAGCAUCUCUCUCCUCAUUGGAGUCUGUCUUUCAUGAGCACAUCUUCAAAGAUGUCUAUACAGAUGAUACCAUUCUGAUGGCUCUUAAGCUACACAAUUCAGAUGUGCUUGCAGACCCUUGGAUAAGCUCUGUACUUCUACAAUUGGAUUUAACCGCAAUUUCUCUCCAAGUGCGCAACAGUAUGGUACGAUAUCUCCACCCACAAGAUUCCCCUAACAGCAGAUCAUAUCUAGUUCCAAAGUUCUUUGAUUUGGCACAUACCCUUGGCAAGAGUCAAUCAAUCAGUCAAGGACUACUGUCCAUGAGGCUGAAGUCUCUGACUUACCUUGCCACGCGCUUAUUGGAGACGACGGUCUAUCAUAACAGCUAUACUGACUUCAAGAAGCAAAUUAUGCCUGAGCAUGUCCGUGGCUAUACACAUUGCGGGAGCCUUGUUCCCUGGGUGGCUGGGGCUUCUGCAGACGGUCAGGAGUGGGCUCGGUACCGCAGGUGCUGGGGCACAAGAGCCUCGGAGCAAGGGAGUAUUUGUACCGAGUUGUUCUUGUUUUCGUCUGAGCGUUUAUCCACCUUAACUUUGUCGUCCUCAGAAUCUUCAUCACCAUCGAUUGACAAUAUCAAUCAGAUAACCUUAGAGUUCAGCUCUCAAGGGGGUAUGUCUUUUGCUGGAACACCUAUUGAACCGUCAUAUUAUCACUUAGCAAGAAACCAGUUACAAUCACUACCAAAGGAUGUUUCUAUUUUCGGCGUACAGAGCACCUUACAGGCCGAACUUUCAUAUAGGGAUGUCACAGAAGAUGAGAUCUCAUCGUCUCAGUGUAAAAUUACCGAGGAGAGUAUCCUGACUGCACAACCAACAACUACAUACACCGCGGACACAACCUUCGUAUCUGAAACUCCUGGGACGUUUCAUGAGUCUCAUGACACGUCUCACGACUUAUUUCCCCUGGGGCUUGCAACACCGUCCGAGCAUCACAUCAUGGAUCCGAAAAUGUUUGCCACUCAAAUCGUGCAGCCCCCAUCCUGUGACCUGCUCAGUCACAAUUUGCAGCUUCUUGAUAAGACACUGGUCAGCCACAAGGUCGUAGCAGGACACCACCACACUAAUAAUUCAUUACGGCGGUUUAAAGAUACUCCUUUCAAAAGCUCUAACUUGAUCAGUGUGGUAAAGCUUACGACGGCUAAGCCACCCAGUACUGGUAGUUAUCAGUGUUCACAGUACCCUUUGUCAAAGGAACCGCCAGACAAGCAUACCACAAAUGAGUCAGCACACAAAAGAUACAAAAGGAGCAAUCUUCUCUUGGCCUCAACCGCGCGAACACUGAGAAUGCAUAAAAGUUAUACUGCGAAUUAUCCUACCUACGAUAAUUGUCAGAUCACUACAGAUACAAGUACACUUUGCAGAGAACAGCCCGGAGGUUUUCAGAUACAGAGAGAGCAGCCACAACACACAGAUGCCCUUGAAUCAAAGUCCACACAAAGUACUUCUGUCUCUUUAAACAUUCAUAUAGGGGGCAACGAGUUAGUAUCUUUCCAGAGUCCAUGCGUUCAUCAGAUUGGCAAUAUAUCAAUGCACAGUUCGUUUGAAAGCACAGAUGUAGACGAUGCCGUGCCGUACAAAUUACGUAGCAACAUCUUCAAUUCGAAUACUAAGUUACCUGAUAUUAAAGUUGCUACCGAAGCAAAUACACGGAUGCGCUCAUCGCUAGAGGAUCCUAAUUCUUUGAUCAAGACUCGAUUAUGGGAUAAGAAGAAAAUGGAAGAAAACUCCAAUGCAACUGCCUUCGCACUGCAUCACAACGCUAAGCACCCAUCGCUGAGUGCACUGAGCACAACUAGAACCCUUCGCUAUCAAUUGCGAAAUGCAAUUGGGACAAAGGCAGACCACACUCUAGAGGUCUGUGGAAAAGUAGCGAAUGCUGUUGUGCCGAUCACAGCCAAACGAGUACAAUUCCAUUGCCAGAGGAGGUACGCGCUGUUCAAGAAAUCGCUUCCAAAGAAACAUAAUCCGCCGUUGAAGGUCUCUGUUGUUCUGAAAGCAUCUACAAUAGACGAACAGAGCCAGGACGGCCAACAACCUUUCUGUCAUCAAAAUCCAGCAAGCACGUCGUCCUCAAUAUUAAUGGUUAGACCCAUUACCAACACAGCCAUAUCUCUCCAAACCAGCGACUCAACCACAACAACAGCAAGUACUGAUGUUAAGUCCGUACAACUGCAAACACAAAGCAAAGUCUCCUCUAGUCUCAGGAAAUCUCUGCUCACAAGCUCUGUUAACUGCGAAACAUUCGAUGUGGAUACAUCUACUACGACGGAUUUUGAAAUAGCUGGUUAUAAUGCCGCUUCUGGUAUCGAAAGGGACAGUCUAGUCCCCAUUUCAUCAGACAUAAACGCCUCUCCAGCUAUCGUUUCAUCAGGAGCUUAUACAUCCGUUCUUACUUAUGAUACUCCAGUUCACGAACUGAACGAUAAAAGUACCCAUACUAAAAUGACAUCAACACUGUCUCAUGACAACAGUCUUGUGGAGACAACUGGCGACGAAGAGCCUGCGAAUAUAGAUCCAAGUACCUUGUCACAGACAGAGCCACGUUCGCUCAACUAUCCCAAGAGCAGUUCAAAGCCUGUUUUAUUGAAUUUUCCAAAUGUUCAGCCAACAAUAGCGGACUCGGUAGAUGUUCAUGAGGCAAACCCUGCAUAUUCUGUUGGUAUUCCGCCGAAACAUGUCCAUCAAUUACAUCAUUGCCAGCACGCCAGAAGCAUGCUCCAACUAGAGGUUCAGAAAGAUAAGCAAUUACAAGAUGGAACGGACCUAAAUAUUAUGCCAAAUUCAGAUAGCAAUCACCAGGGAAAUAGAUCUACGGUAUUAGUGCCAACGGAACUAGCAGACAGAUCUAUACGUUUCUCAAUGCAAUGCACACAUAAGCAUUUCGUUAAUGUCCUUAAGCGACGGAGUCGUGGUUCUAAUCUUGCCCAGUUUCUCUUCAAGGAAUUGGAGGUGCAGUAUCCAAUGGAGUCGCAGCUGCUGGCACCGAAACACUUUGACCUUUCGACAAAAAUAUUCCAAGAUACCACCACAUCUGAGGAGACGUUUAGUAGCUCCAACCAAGAUGACAGCCCAAUGCCACUACCCAACUUUCUCUUCCGCUCCAGGACCCUUAAUGCACUCAUAGACUUGUCUGACAUAGAAAGUUUUGAUGACCCACAUCUCACCAAGUGUUUCUCUGCCCAGAAGACCAAAAGAUUAAGCUCUGCUUUGCAGAGUAAGGAUUCUGCUCUCAAGGACAGAAGAGCCUCCAAUUUUAGUGGGAAUAUAUUUGCAUCUAAGUGGCUCCAUAACAAUGUAACCACUAUACCAACUCUUCCAUUAGUAUCUACCCGUAACUUGGGGAUAAUCGAAAAGACUUUCAUAGCGGAGGGAGCAGGCUCUUUAGACGGUUCGAAGCUAAUUAGAAUUAAUCGGUAUGACGCCAACAAUUCCAAUUUAAAGGAGGCUGCGUCUUAUUUGCGGAAUGCAUGCACGUCGAAUAUCACAGAGCAGGAUACCAAUAGGCUUCGUCCAUUCACUUAUGAAGUUAGUGACACGAAUAAUGACGAAGCUAGCAAUGAGAAACCCGCUACAUCCACAGAACUAUGCACUUUGCCUUCUUGCCAGUCAACCGGGGCUAAUGACAAUGUUAAGUGCUUCGAAGAUAAUCCUCAAUUGAAUGCAUCAAAAAUGCUGGACGCUAACCAACGGCACAGUAUAGAUAUCUCAGUAGACAUAUUAGAUAGCUGCGAAACGUCUGACAAGAAAACUAUUGGGGUGGAUGAGUUGAUGAUACAGGCGAUAAGUCCUGGAAAUUUAGUGGAACCGAUAGAUUUCCACAGGAACGGGUCUUUGUUGCUGCCAGACAGUGUCUUAUCAGCAGGGUAUACCCCGCAAACUGGAGAUGAAGCAAUAUCAUUCAUGAAUCAGCAGACACCACACGGCCUUGAAGCAAGCACAGUUAGUUACAUAGCUAAGGACUCGAUAAAUAAUGAUGUUUGCUGUUUGACGGUAGCUGAAGAUAAUGAGGAGUUUCUAUCUAAGUCAGAUGAGCCAUAUACACCGACAAAAGAAAAGCAGGAGAAAAAGCGUCUGCCGGUGGCUCUCUCCAACAAGCUAGGCCAGGGAGACGUGUGGAAAAAGUGUGCUCAAAUAUCAGCCAUAAGCUGCAUAGACUCGCAGUCAAUAUUAGAAACUAAAUGGCGAAUACCAGACACCAAUCCAAAGAACAUUGGAGACACAAGAAUAGUUCUGCCUACCGUGACAAGCAGCCCCUUAGCAAAGUACGUACAAGGACUGCCACGCUUUCUCAAUAGAUUUUUUCCGUUUUCUUUCACUCAGUCCCUCUUCAGUUCCGCAGCUAACGCACCGUAUAGGUUAUCUGGGUUGUUUUUUGCACAUUACUACACUUAUAUGCUUCCUCACGUCAUUGAGCCGCUAGAUAUGUUUGCCAAACAUGACCUCAUGGAGGUGUCGCGAGAAUAUGAGCUGAGCUUAAGCGUGGACAGCGCACAAGAGACAGUAUUCGUCCCUGGCAUCAAUAAUCCAGCUCCGAAAGCUCUGGUGGGGUCUUGUCGUACGAUGUCUAAUAAUAAGGUUCUCAGAUCCGCGGAAGCAGCUGUGAAAAAGCCGCCAGCUAGAACCUUGAACAAUCUGAAGCUGACUGAUUUUAGUGAGCUGUUCAAUGACGUCAAUGCAGACGAAGAGACCCACAUAUUGGAACUAGAAGCUAAGGAUUCGCAAUACGAAGGAAGCGAGUUCUUAAUGGAGGAUUAUGAUUCUGGCGUGUGA